AUGACGUUAAACAUAAAAAUUUUCCAGGACUGUCCUGGAAGUAUGCAAAAGUCCUUGAUAGAGGAUGGAGCUUCAGUUGAGAAGAUAUAUCUUAAUGCAUCAGAAGCUUUUAUGAAAUUCAAAGAGAAACAUAUCAGUGCAGAAAGUCUGCACUUUUCAGAUACUGCUUGUAGUAGCAUGCAAAAAUAUAACUUUUCCCGUAAUAUUGCCAUUAGAUCCACACAUAAUCAAGAUGAGUCAAUUUCUGAAAAAUGCCACCGACUAAAAUCUGAAAUUAAUGAGCUUAUGAACCAAAUAAACGCAAUCAAGGAAUUGGCAUUCCUGGAUAGAAAUGAAGAUACAAAAUGUUUGGUCGACAUAAUCUGUCAAAUUGAAUCAGCAGGAAAUCAACUAACUUCGUUGAGUAUAGAGAAAAUGUACGAUUCCCGUGCCACAACCAAUGUACUCCAUAAUCAAGAGAUACGUUUCAAAGAGCUUCUAUCUCAAAUAGAAAUUUUUAAACGUGCUAAAACACAAGAACGUAGCUGUUCAAAAAGAGAACUUUUCGAUGAAGAGUCACUCAAACAAGAAUCACUUAAGUAUCAAAUGACCUAUUUUCCUGAAAGAGCCAAGAUAGAAGAGGGAGCCCGCUUAAGUCAUCUUGAAAGAAGAGUUGGAUAUCUAGAAAAUAUCAUUGGAGUCAAUAAAAACGUUAAUUCAAAAUUUUUUCAAUUACUUAGGUCUCAAGGAAUUCUGUCGUCCAUUAAAAGAAUAAUAGCAUGUGCUUGUAUUCUUAACAGCUCCCAAUUAGAUAUUGUAGAAAAUAGAGUUACUUCUUUGCUCCGAAAAAUGGACGAGGCUGAAGAAAAAAAAAAUUCUGUAAGACUCGAGUCAAAAUACGAAAAGAAAAUUUUAGAAUUGUUUUCAAUUGUGAAGCAGUCUGAAAGUGAAAGUCAGAUUCUACCUCAAAUCAUAAAUAGAAUGAGAUCACUCAGUAAUUUACACAAAAAAGCUUGCGAAUUUAAUAAUAAUUUAGAUGAAUUUGGACAUUUACAGCAACAUAUCAAUGGAGUUGUAUUGAAUAAUACAGAUAUCCUAGAGGAAAUUCAAAAGAAUUUUAGUAAAAAUAUGGAAAUCAUCGCAAACAACGUCUCAAUUUUGACUGAACGUGUUAAAGAACUGAAAAACUGAUUUGGUUCCACAUCUUUAAAGCUUUUCGAGCAUAAUCUGUUGUCAGAUAAUAUUAUGUCUAAUUUUGUAGUUAUACUACAUUUAAUCGAGUUUUAUCUUGCAAUUACUUAUAAUUAUAAUCACAUAGAAAUAAAUAAAAGUACCAAAUUGUA